AUGGCAGGCACAAUACGGCCAAACGAUAUGAAUGUCUCGACGACCCCGACACUAUCCUCCCAUUCCCUCCCCGGCCUCUCAAGUCUGCAAACAGACCUUGCAAAGAAGCCCUCCGCCCCACGAACCCCUCGAAUAGAUGUCGAACCUCUAUACGCUGCCGUCAAAGGCGCAAUCAGCGACGCAGAUUGGACUAUCUACAAAAAAGCGCUAUCUUUCUUCCUGUUGGGCAACUUGAACCAGGAAGAGCUCACAUUCAAGCUCUCCAAGAUUCUGACCACCCCAGCUCUCGAGCACGCGCAUAACGCUCUAUUUACAGCAAUCUAUGCGAACAUAUGGCGCGACGCACCGGAGGCGGGCAUUGCGAGUUGGGUGUCGAGCAGUGACAAGCCGACGAGCGGGACCAUCAAGGGUACAGGUGAUGAGAGCGAGAAGAGAUUAAAGUAUGAGGUCAUGCAAUUGAGCAGGAGGGAGAGGAAACGCCUAAAGACUAUACCGGCGGGCGAUGGAGGCGCCAACAUGGGAAGCGAGGGUCCAGGCCCGGCGGGAGUAGGAGCGCUGGGCCCGGUGCAGGAGUAUGUCGAUGCGAGACGAGUCAAACAGCUGGAGGUUGGGCCGGGUAGCACACAAGGCGGUGGAUUCGGGAAGACGAACUGGGACCUCGAGAUCCGCAAACGCUACACUUCGGCCCUUUACGUCGAAACCCACGAGUUCCCCACCAGCACCACAAUAUCUUACCGCCUGCUCCCCAUCUGCUAUGAAUUCGGGCUCCCGCAAGGUCACACGCCCGAUUGCCCUGACUACCUCAACAUCGCUACCGAAACAUACAUCAAAGAAGCCUUGGCCAACCUCCUCGGAAAAGUAAGUGCGAAUGGGGCAGGGUACGUGCGGACCGGAGAGUUUAAAAAGAAAGUGGAGAGGGAGGAGCGGAUGGUGGAAAGGGGCGAGCUGUUGAGAGGCGCUGGAGGGGAGUUGCCUAGUGAGAGCGAGGAGAGGCGGAAAAGGAAGCUGUUGAGUAUGGAGGAUUUGCGGCUUGCUCUCGUGCUAGGUGAUUCGUACCUUGGACAGACGCCCUUGACCGCCGGGGCCAUAAUGAACAGUCGAUUCCUGGAUACGCAGGGCAUCGAAGAGAUAUACGAGACUCCGAUAGCGAGACCGCUGACGAAUGGAGGGCUUACCAACGGCGUCAAUGGUGCUUCUUCGAAUGGGCGUCGCCAUUCAGUGACUGGUGAAACCUGGAACGUCGACUUUGGAGAUCCAAUGCAGAUCGACGACGACCUAGGGCUGAACUGGCAGGGCGGCAGUGUGCAAGACAUCGCGGAGAUGGACACUGCCCUCGAUGAUGUGUUGAAUUUGGGGGAUCUGUGA